AUGGGUUUGAAGGGGACAACGGAGAUGCAUUUGAUGCACAUCAAUGGAAAUGUGUUCGUACCAUGUCUGGUGUUAAAGAAGGAUCAAGGCAUUAGAAUCUUUGAGGAUGUAUCUGAUCACAAGAAUGGUAAGGGCGUCCUUGUUAAGUCUGUUGGUGUUAUUGAUGCAAGUGUAGACAGUGUGUUUGAAGUGUUUUUAAAUACUGAGCGACAGAAGAGAUACGAGUGGGAUAUGUUGAUGGGUGACUUGGAGUUGGUAGAGAAUUAUGAUGGACAUUAUGAUGUAGUUUACGGAACAUAUGAUCCAAAGUAUCUAACUCGGUGGCAUUCAAAGCGAGAUUUUAUCUUCUCAAGGCAAUGGUUUCGGGGACAAGAUGGAACAUAUAGUCUUAUGCCAAAUUAUGGGAGUCAGCGUGAUAUUACUCUUAGAUACACUCUGCAUCCUGGUAUCGAUGGAAGAACAGCCAGCAGUGCACAAAAUUUGAGAAGAGCGUCCCAUAUGCGUUACUGUGCCAAGUGGCAGGAAUAUAUUGGAGCCAAUCCAACACUCCUCCAACAAUAUGGCACUACUGUUUCUCAUUCCCAUGUCUCCUCUGCUUCUAUGAGCAGUUCUGACUUUGCAGAGGCAGAAAUGCAAGAUGAGUUUUAUGAUGCAAUCGCUGCUGAGUCAUCAUCGUCAGAUGAUGUUAGUGAUGAUGACAAAGGGCAUGAUCAGGAGCAGAAAAUCCAACUAAAGAAUGUUUCUUGGGGUAUGACAAACUUAGCUUUGAAGCGAACUCCAGCUCCAGAUCUAAGCAAAGAAUUAGAUCCCGAUGCAAAUUCUAUCACAAUUGGUGUUAGCGACAUGCAUGGCACAUUACGCAAAGGUGAGGAUGAGAAGGACACAGACUGUUGGACUUGUCCUGGUGGUGAAGGAUUUAUGAUUAGGGGAAAGAACUAUCUAAAAGAUAAUUCUAAGGUAGUUGGAGGAGAUCCUCUUCUUAAGCUCAUAGCAGUUGAUUGGUUAAAAGUUGACAAAACUGCAGAUAGAAUUGCACUGCAUCGUAGAAAUCUGGUUCAGUCAGAAGCUGGGAAAAAUCUUCCAUUUGUCCUUGUAUUCAAUCUACAGGUUCCAGCUAAACCAAACUACAGCUUGGUUUUAUAUUAUGCAUCUGACAGACCUGUAAAUAAAGAUUCUCUAUUGGCCAAGUUUUUGGAUGGAGAUGACUCGUUUCGUGACUCAAGAUUCAAACUAAUUCCAAGCAUAGUUGAGGGAUAUUGGAUGGUCAAGCGAGCUGUAGGAACAAAAGCAUGCCUGCUGGGGAAAGCUGUUACUUGUAAAUACUUUAAACAAGAUAAUUUUUUUGAGAGCUUGCUCUGCGGUAUUAGCUGGAGCUUGUGGGUUAACAUGAAUAAUCUUUAUACAUAUGGGAGUCCUGUAGCAAAUCCAUUAUCUGUAAGGCAACUAACUCUGAUAGAUGUAGACAUUGGAUCAUCCUCUGUAGCUAGGAGUGUCAUUGGCCUUGUUCUGGGAUAUGUCACAAGCCUUGUCGUUGACCUUGCAAUUUUGAUAGAGGCAAAAGAAGAAGCAGAGCUGCCAGAGUACUUACUUGGAACUGUUCGAUUAAAUCGCUUAAAGCCUGAAUCUGCUGUACCGUUGGAGAAAAAGAGAACUUAUGUGGGAGAGAAACCUGUGAGUUCAAUACGUGCAAGAGAAACCCACCUGUAUGCUGGAAUAGCUGUCUAUGCUGUCGUCUCUGACGGUGUAUUUGACAUUAAGGAAAAGCAGCCCUAUUCUUGGUGGAAGGCUCGCUUUGUGAAGUCUGAAACGAGAAAGAUUAAUGAGUGCCUGAAUUUCAUUGAUUAA